AUGUCCUUACCAAAGACCUUCGACAUCACAGCCGCAGAUGGCAAAACCAUUGAGAUUCCAUCGGUGGGAUUUGGAACUUGGGCCUCUGGUGGACAUGGGUKGGCCAAGGAUGCUGUUCUCGAGGCCUUGAAGGCUGGUUAUAGACAUCUUGAUUGUGCAUGGAUGUACGGGGUGGAUGAAGAGAUUGGAGCAGCUAUCAAAGAAUCUGGAGUACCCAGAUCGGAAAUAUUCAUAACUUCAAAGUUCUGGCCUCAUUUUGGAGCCCCAGAAAACGUUGAGAUAUGCCUUGACCAUAUUCUCAAACAAAUGGGCCUUGAUUACAUCGAUCUGUUCCUCGCACAUUGGCCAUGGGUGGCGAAGCCCAUAUCGAGAGAAGUCCUUCUCAACUUGAAGGGCCCGGAUUCUGGAGAGGAAAGUAAUGGCAUGCUAAAGGAAAAUGGCAAGCCUGUCGUUGACUGGGAACAUACCUCGACGAACAUUUGCAAGCAAGCUGGUAGAGAAGGCUCAUUCGUACCGACCUGGAACGCCAUGAAAGCGCUCGUCCGCUCCGGCAAGACACGCGCAAUUGGUCUCUCCAAUUUCUCCGUCUCUGAGUUGGCUGAUAUCAUCCCACAUGCAACUGACGUGCCGAUCUCCUGCAACCAGAUCGAAGUGCAUCCAUGGUUACCGCAGACCGAACUCGUGGCCUUUGGAAAAAAGCACGGCAUCCUUACGACAUGCUACUCUCCUUUCGCCGGUCAGAAAUCUGACUGUGCAACGCUUUUGAAAGAUGAGAAGAUCGUGGAGCUUGCAAAGAAAAACGACAUGGAUGUUGGACAAUUGCUCCAGAGCUGGGCGGUGGGACGAGGCACAGUACCGCUUGGGAAAAGUGCUACUCCUAGCAGAAUCAAGACGAACCUGGCAAUUAGAAAAUUGAGCGAAGAAGACACCAAAGCCAUUGACGCUCUUGCUCAGCCUGGAGAUUCUGGAAGGACUGUUGACUUGACGGAGAACUGGGGAGUAGCUUUGUUCAAGAACUGA